AUGUCUGAGAAGGGAUCUCACCAUUUAGGGUCAAAUCCUGCAGCUCAUCAUAUCCCUCCUCCAAAGACACAAGGUAUUGCAACUGGUGGACAAAAUUUAUCUGCUACAGCUAACCAAUUUGUUGAUAAAAUUGAUCCUUUUCAAAAGAGAGGUACAAGUAGGAGAAGAAAAUGUUAUAUGAAUAGUUCGAGAUAUCAUCAAGAUAAUGAACCUGAAUUGACUCCUCUUCCAAUGAUUAGAGAUACACCGUCAUCAGAACAAACAACAAUGGCUAUUGAAAAACUUCGGCAAUGUCAAAGAAUAUUUGAUUUUUAUGAUCCAGUAUCUCAAUUAAAGUCAAAAGAUAUCAAACGUGCUGCAUUAAAUGAAUUGAUAGAUUACAUCACAUCAUCAAAAGGUGUUAUUGUUGAACCAUUGUAUCCUGAAAUUAUCAGAAUGGUUUGUCUUAAUAUUUUUAGAGUUCUACCCCCAUCAGAUAAUAGUGAAUUUGAUCCAGAAGAGGAUGAACCAACAUUAGAGGUAGCCUGGCCACAUCUACAAUUAGUUUACGAGUUAUUCUUAAGAUUCCUGGAAAGUCAAGAUUUUCAAGCAACAAUAGGAAAGAAAUAUAUUGAUCAAAAUUUUGUUCUUAAUUUGCUAGAUCUUUUUGAUAGUGAAGAUCCUAGAGAAAGAGACUUCCUAAAAACUGUUCUUCAUAGAAUAUAUGGAAAAUUUUUAGGUUUAAGGGCAUUUAUUAGAAAACAAAUAAAUAAUAUGUUUUUAAGUUUUGUCUUUGAGACAGAUUCAUUUAAUGGAGUUGGAGAAUUACUAGAAAUUCUUGGAAGUAUCAUUAACGGGUUUGCUUUACCAUUGAAAAGUGAGCAUAAAGUUUUCCUUGUUCGUGUAUUACUACCACUUCAUAAACCUCGAUGCCUUUCAUUGUAUCAUGCUCAGUUAGCCUAUUGUGUAGUACAAUUUAUUGAAAAAGAUGCAUCACUUACGCCACAAGUUAUUAAUGCUUUGUUGAAAUUUUGGCCAAGAACAUGUUCCUCAAAAGAAGUAAUGUUUUUAGGAGAAGUUGAAGAAAUAUUAGAUAUUAUCGAGCCAGAACAAUUUAAAAAAAUUAUUAAACCGUUAUUUAAACAGCUAGCUAAAUGUGUUAGUAGCCCACAUUUUCAAGUUGCUGAAAGAGCAUUAUAUUUUUGGAAUAAUGAAUAUAUUAUAAGUCUUAUUGAAGAAAGUUCUGCUGAAGUUAUGCCAAUUAUGUUUCCAGCAUUGUAUAGAGUUAGUAAAGAGCAUUGGAAUCAAACAAUAGUUGCAUUGAUAUAUAAUGUGUUAAAAAGUUUUAUGGAAAUGAAUGGGAAAUUAUUUGAUGAGUUAACUGCUAAUUAUAAAGCGGAAAGACAAAAAGAAAAAAAACGUGAAAAAGAACGUGAAGAAUUAUGGAAAAAAUUACAGGAUUUAGAAUUGGAUCCACCAUCAUCAGGACAGACACCUAAGUUGUUAUCAAAAGAACCACUAACAUCAUUUAUGUCAUCACAGAAGGCUAAAGAAUGA